AGUGAGGGAAAGAGGAGAGCGCUCAGGUUUUUUAGACGCCUGGAUCAGGAGCGGGGAUCUGCUCCACCGGACAUGCUGGCUGCUGGGGUCGGCCACAGCUCUCGGAUCUCUGGGAUAUUGUGAAGGAACUCUCUUUGUCUCUCUGUGACAAUGCAAGGAAGGGCCUGCAAAGCUCCCAAGAAGGAGCUGGUGAUCGAGUCCCCCCAGCAGUACAGGAGCCUGGCCUCAGCUGAGCCAGAGGUGGACGCUGUGCCUCAGGUGGCGGUGAAGCCGAAGGUAAUCGAGCCACUGGACUAUGAGAAUGUGCUGGUGCAGAGGAAGACCCAGAUCAUCAGCGAUGUCCUCAGGGACAUGCUGCAGUUCCCCAUGGACGACUUCCUGAUAUCAACUCUCCGACGCCAAGGAAGGACACUUUAUCCCUCAGUCCCUGAAAAUGCAGAAGAGGUGGCACAGAGUCUGUUCGUCCAAGAAUGCAUCAAGACUUACAAAUCUGACUGGCACAUUGUUAAUUACAAAUAUGAGGAUUACUCUGGAGACUUCCGCCAGCUUCCAAAUAAGGUGUCCCGACCAGAUAAACUGGCAGUCCAUGUGUUUGAGGUGGAUGAAGAAGUGGAUAAAGAUGAGGACACUGCCUCUCUGGGCUCCCAGAAGGGAGGGAUCAGCAAACAUGGCUGGCUGUACAAAGGCAACAUGAACAGUGCCAUCAGCGUGACCAUGAGGUCCUUCAAGAGGAGAUAUUUCCACCUGACCCAGCUUGUAGACGGCUCUUACAAUCUCAACUUCUACAAGGAUGAGAAAAUCUCCAAAGAACCCAAAGGAACAAUAUUCCUGGACUCCUGCAUGGGGGUUGUUCAGAACAACAGGGUGCGUCGCUUUGCUUUUGAGCUGAAGAUGCAGGAUAAGAGCACCUACCUGCUGGCAGCGGACAGCGAGAUUGAGAUGGACGAGUGGAUCGGCACCCUCAACAAGAUCCUCCACACCAGCUUUGAGCUCGCCAUGCAGGAGAAGAGGAACGGGGACCUGCACGAUGACGAUGAACUGGGGAAGGCAGACAGCUCUUCUGGGAGUUUAGAGAGUUUUCAGAGUGCAAGAGAUAUUGAGUCUAGAAUAAGGAGUGAAACCAGACUGAAGUUGUUCACCCUGGACCCUGACACACAGAAAUUGGACUUUUCUGGAAUGGAGCCAGACAUUAAGCAGUUUGAGGAAAAGUUUGGAAAGCGAAUUUUGGUCAACUGCAAUGACUUGUCGUUCAAUCUGCAAAGCUGUGUGGCUGAAAAUGAAGAGGGGCCAACAACAAAUGUGGAGCCGUUUUACGUCACCCUGACGCUUUUCGACAUCCAGAACAGCAGGAAGAUCGCAGCGGACUUCCACGUGGAUCUGAACCACAGCUCUGUCCGGCAGAUGGUCUGCAGUCACAGCGGCCAGCUCAUGAACGGGUGUGGAGACUCCCUGCUCGGGGGGCAGAGGACGGUCUGUGGGCUGCCAGAGGGGCUGCUGCAGUACCCCAGACAGGGAGUAUUCUCUGUGACAUGUCCUCACCCUGACAUAUUCCUGGUGGCUCGAAUUGAGAAGGUGCUGCAAGGGGGAAUCACACACUGUGCUGAACCAUACAUGAAGAGCUCAGAUGCCAGCAAGGCAGCACAGAAGGUCCUGAAGAACGCCAAACUCGCCUGCAGUCGAUUGGGCCAGUACAGGAUGCCUUUCGCAUGGGCAGCCAGGCCCUUGUUCAAAGACGCGUCGGGCACUCUGGACAAGGCUUCCCGCUUCUCCGCCAUCUACAGGCAGGACAGCAGCAAGCUGUCAAAUGAAGACAUGUUCAAACUACUGGCGGAUUUCAGAAAGCCAGAAAAGAUGGCUAAGCUUCCAGUCAUCUUAGGAAAUCUGGACGUGACCAUCGACAUCGUUGCCCCAGACUUGACAAAUUGUGUCACUUCAUCCUACAUUCCUGUGAGGCCCUUUGAGACCAAUGGGAAGACGAAUGUGUUGUUUGAAGUGGAAGAGUUUGUGCCCUGCAUAGCUAAGUGCUCCCAGCCUUUCACCAACUACAACAACCACCUCUACGUCUACCCCAGGCACCUGAAGUACGACAGCCAAAAGUCUUUUGCCAAGGCUAGGAACAUAGCGGUCUGCAUCGAGUUCAAGGACUCGGAUGAGGAGGAGGCCCAGCCGCUUAAGUGCAUCUACGGUAGACCUGGAGGACCUUUGUUCAUGAAGAACGCCUUUGCUGCAGUGCUACACCACCAACAGAACCCAGAGUUCUAUGAUGAAUUCAAGCUGGAGCUUCCCACCCAGAUCACUGAGAAGCACCACCUGCUCUUCACCUUCUACCACAUCAGCUGUGACAGCAGUAGCAAGGGCAGUACCAAGAAGAGGGACCUGGUGGAGACGCAAGUGGGGUACGCCUGGCUCCCCCUGCUGAAGGACGGCAGGGUGAUCACCAACGAGCAGCAGAUCCCCGUCUCUGCCAGUCUGCCUGCAGGCUACCUCAGCUGUCAGGAGGGUGUCACCAAGCAUUCUGGACCUGAAAUCAAAUGGGUCGAUGGAGGAAAACCUUUGUUCAAGGUGUCCACUCACCUUGUCUCCACUGUCUACGCUCAGGAUCAACAUUUGCACAAUUUCUUCCAUCACUGUCAGUACACACAGUCUGCAGGGCCAGUGUCGGGAGGGGAGCUGGUCAAGUACCUGAAGAGCCUCCAUGCCAUGGAGAGCCAUGUCAUGAUCAACUUCCUGCCCACCAUCCUCAACCAGCUGUUCUGCGUGCUCACCAACGUCACCCAUGAGGACGUGGCUGUUAACGUCACCAGGGUCAUGAUUCACAUUGUCUCCCAGUGCCAUGAGGAGGGUCUGGAGCACUAUUUGCGUUCAUAUGUGAAGUACGUGUUUAAGACAGAGCCGUACACAGCUACCAGCACAAGGACGGUGCACGAGGAGCUGGCCAAAGCUAUGACCGCCAUCCUCAAGCCUUCCACAGACUUCCUCACCAGCAACAAGCUGCUCAAGUACUCUUGGUAUUUCUUUGAAGCUCUUGUGAAGUCCAUGGCUCAGUACUUGAUAGAAAGCUGUAAAGUCAAGCUGUCGAGGAAUCAGCGUUUCUCGGCCUCCUUCCACCACACUGUGGAGACACUGGUAAACAUGAUGAUGCCCCACAUCACCCAGAAGUACAAGGACAACCUGGACGCAGCCAGGAAUGCCAACCACAGCCUGGCUGUCUUCAUCAAGAGGUGUUUCACUCUCAUGGAUAGAGGCUUCAUCUUCAAGCAGAUCAACAACUACAUCAACUGCUUUGUGCCAGGAGACCCCAAGACUCUGUAUGAGUUUAAGUUUGAGUUCCUGCACGUGGUGUGCAACCACGAGCACUACAUACCACUCAACCUUCCCAUGCCUUUUGGAAAGGGCAGAAUAAUGAGGUUUCAAGAUCUGCAGCUGGACUACUCGCUGACGGACGACUUCUGUAAAAACCACUUCCUGGUGGGGCUGCUGCUCAGGGAGGUGGGCAGUGCCUUGCAGGAAUUCAGAGAGAUCCGCCAAAUCUCCAUCCAGGUGCUGAAGAACCUGAUGGUCAAGCACACGUUUGAUGACAGAUACGCCUCCAAGAGCCAACAGGCCAGGCUUGCCACCCUGUAUCUGCCUCUCUUUGGCUUGCUGCAGGAGAAUGUGCAAAGGCUCAAUGUGAGGGAAGUCUCGCCUUUUGCCGUAAAUCAUUCCAGUAAUAAUGGGCGAGAUGACUGUUUCUUGGGAAACUCUGUGAUAACGAGUCCACCGAAGCCUGGAGCCAGCUUGGACAACAGCCUGCACAAGGAUGUGUUUGGGGUCAUCUCUGGCACAGCCUCGCCUCACUCCUCCUCCACACCCAACGUCAACUCCGUGCGCCAUGCCGACUCCCGUGGAUCCCUCAUCAGUAUGGACUCUGUGAACAGCCUCCUGGAGAAGAACAGCGACAAGACCAACUCCCUGGAUAAGAACCAGCCCGCUUCAGCCCUGGGGAGCACACUACUGCGCUGCGACAAACUGGACCAGGCGGAGAUCAAGAGCCUGCUGAUGUGCUUCCUGCACGUGCUCAAGAGCAUGUCUGAGGAUGCUCUUUUCACAUACUGGAACAAGGCCAGUUCUGCUGAGCUCAUGGACUUUUUCAUUCUCAUAGAGGUGUGUCUCCACCAAUUCCGAUACAUGGGGAAGCGAUACUUUUCCAGGAACCAGGAAGGGGUGGGACCUGUAGCACAUGAGCGGAAGUCUCUUACUCUGCCUGUGUCCCGUAACAGGGCGGGAAUGAUGCAUGCCCGCUUACAGCAGCUCAGCAGUCUGGAUAACUCUUACACUUUUAACCACACUUACACCCACUCGGACGCUGACGUGCUCAACCAGUCGCUGCUGGAAGGCAACAUCGCCACCGAGGUGUGUCUGACCGUGCUGGACACGCUCAGCAUCUUCAUCACAGGAUUCAGGAAUCAGCUGUGUUCAGACCACGGCCACAACCCCCUGAUGAAGAAGGUGUUUGAGGUGCACCUCUGCUUCCUUCAGAUAAACCAGUCAGAGACUGCGCUCAAGCAGGUCUUCACAUCUCUGCGUACCUUCAUCUACAAGUUCCCCUGUACGUUUUUUGAGGGGCGUGCAGACAUGUGUGCCUCCUUCUGCUAUGAGAUCCUGAAGUGCUGCAACUCCAAGCUGAGCUCCAUCCGCAACGAUGCAGCCCACCUGCUCUACUUCCUUAUGAAGAGCAACUUCGACUACACCGGCCGCAAAUCCUUUGUCCGCACACACCUGCAGGUGGUCAUUGCGGUCAGCCAGCUAAUAGCGGAUGUCAUUGGAAUCGGAGGAACACGCUUCCAGCAGUCUCUCUCCAUCAUCAACAACUGUGCCAACAGCGACAAGACCAUCAAGAACACAGCGUUCCCGUCGGACGUGAAGGACCUGACGAAGCGCAUUCGCACGGUGCUGAUGGCCACUGCACAAAUGAAGGAGCACGAGAGGGACCCUGAGAUGCUGGUGGACCUGCAGUACAGCCUGGCCAAGUCCUAUGCCAGCACCCCCGAACUGCGCAAGACCUGGCUGGACAGCAUGGCGCGCAUCCACGUCAAAAACGGAGACCUGUCUGAGGCAGCCAUGUGCUAUGUGCAUGUGGCCGCGUUAGUGGCUGAAUACCUGCGAAGAAAAGGCAUGUUCAAACAGGGCUGCUCAGCCUUUCGUGUGGUCACACCCAACAUCGACGAGGAGGUGUCCAUGAUGGAGGACGUGGGCAUGCAGGAUGUGCAUUUUAACGAGGACGUACUGAUGGAGCUGUUGGAGGAGUGUGGGGAAGGACUGUGGAAGGCCGAGCGCUAUGAGCUCAUCUCUGACAUCUACAAGUUGAUCAUACCCAUCUACGAGAAGCGCCGUGACUUUGAGAAACUGUCCCACCUAUACAACACACUGCAUCGCGCAUACAGCAAAGUGACUGAGGUCAUGCACACAGGCAAGAGGAUGCUGGGAACCUACUUCAGAGUGGCAUUCUUUGGCCAGGGUUUCUUUGAAGAUGAAGAUGGGAAAGAGUAUAUCUAUAAAGAACCCAAAUUCACACCCCUGUCUGAGAUUUCCCAAAGGCUGCUCAAGCUCUACUCUGACAAGUUUGGCCCAGAGAAUGUGAAGAUGAUCCAGGACUCUGGGAAGAUAAACCCGAAGGAUCUGGACUCCAAAUAUGCUUACAUCCAAGUGACUCACGUGGUCCCAUUCCUGGAAGAGAGGGAGCUGGGAGACAGGAAGACAGAAUUUGAGAAAAGCCACAACAUCCGGCGCUUCGUGUUCGAGAUGCCCUUCACCGUCUCUGGCAAGAAACAGGGCGGGGUGGAGGAGCAGUGCAAACGGAGGACCAUCUUGACCACCACGCACUGCUUCCCCUAUGUGAAGAAGCGCAUCGCCGUCAUGUACCAGCACCACACGGACCUGAACCCCAUCGAGGUGGCCAUCGACGAGAUGAGCAAGAAGGUGGCGGAGCUGCGGCAGCUGUGCUCCGCCAGCGAGGUGGACAUGAUCCGCCUGCAGCUCAAACUGCAGGGCAGCAUCAGCGUGCAGGUGAAUGCUGGCCCGCUUGCUUAUGCCAGGACUUUCCUGGACGAUGCCAAUGCCAAGAAGUAUCCCGACAACAAGGUCAAACAACUGAAGGAGGUCUUCAGGCAAUUUGUGGAAGCCUCUGGUCAAGGUUUGAGCAUCAACGAGCGGCUGAUUAAAGAGGACCAGCAGGAGUACCAUGACGAGAUGAAGGCCAACUACAGGGACCUGGCUAGAGAGCUGUCCUCCAUUAUGCGUGAGCCGAUUAUCCCUGUGGAGGAUGGCAUGAAGAGCUCAUUGGCAGACUCUCUGCACAUCUUCAACGCCAUCAGUGGCACGCCCACUGGCACCACCAUCCAGGGCAUUCCUAGCUCCUCCUCAGUGGUGUGAGGCCCCCACCCCCACCCCCACCCACAAACACAAAUCUCCCCUUUCCUUUCUGCACCCUCAGGUCAGCAGCCUGCUUGUAUUGGAGGAAAUUCAGGACACAAGGAGGCGAUGUGAUUGGUCAGACACACAAUUCUGGCCUGUGUUUUAUCUAUUCAAUGCCAGUCUACAGAGAACUCCCUAUGUGGUGGACAUGCACAGUGAUGAUGUUCGCCCCGGGAACAGACGGAUGUGAAGGGACAGCAAAGGGAACAAAAAUAGGCAAUUUUUAAAAGCUAACUCCUGUGAUCCAUACCUUCUCAAUCUCAGACUGUACCUGAUUGAAAUUUUUAAUGUAUUGUUUCCUGUGGAGACACCCUUAUGGGGAUUCUUAUGGAAAAAGAUCCCUUUAUGCUUUUAAUUUAGUCCCCUGGAUCAACCUGGUAGAUAUUUGUUCUUUGUUUGUUUUAUUUACAGGUUCUGAACUGUCAAUUAUUUUGUGUACAGUAUUUUCAUGUAUGGUAAAUGUCUGCUCUGGACACAAAUAGCCCUUCUUGAGGGUGUCAAUGAAUAAUGUCUGUUGCACACUUUGUAUUGGCACUCUGUACAUUAAGACUUGUUAUAUUCCUAUACAAAUGCAUUUUAUUUUUAAAAGAUCUUCCCAUAAAAGCUUAGGCCUUGUGCUCUGAAUAUGUCAGUGUCUUAGACAUAAGAUAAGACUGUUUAAAGAAAACAUUUAAAGCCAUUGCACACAUGUAAUCCCCAGGGUUUAUUCCUGUACAUAAAAAAUGAGUGCAAUAUGUAGUCUUCUAUUCGAGGUGUGUUGCUGUAUUCGGUUCAUACACUGUACAGAUGACAUUCAUCCUUCUUGCCAAAGCAAUGGGGUAUGGAACCAGUAACAGUGCGUAGUGUGGAAGAGGUGGUUGUAAUAUGAAGCUUUUACCAUUUUGAUGUUUAAUUUUUAUUGAGAUCAUUUUAUAAAUGGGAAGUAAAGGGUUUUAAUUUUUUAUUUAAUAUAAAGUCACUGUUCUGUAUUUAAAUGAAAAUCUUCCCUAAUGCUUAUCUUUUAAUUAAAAUUUGCUCAUUUCUCUGCA